CGCAGCUCCCAAACUCCUGUUGGCACCCGGCAGCCUUCACUAGCAUCGCCCUGCAGAUCCACGAGCCAGAAUUUACAGCAAUUGGACCAAAGCGUGGCGUCGGCUCCCUCUAUUGAGACCAAGGGAUCCAAAGACCCAGAGUAGCACCUUGCUUAGAAUACCCAGCCCGUUCGUCCAGUGAACGACCGGCAGCAUGGACUCAGAACGCCCCCAUCUGUCAAUCACCCUCCCCAGGAACUUCAUGUUCCACUACCACGACGGCCAGCCGCCCCGGACGCCAGAACCUGAGCCAGCACCAGAGGAGCUCCAGCCGCCGCCGCCUCCGCGGCAGAUGCUCAAGGUCCGCCGUCGCCGCACUACCUUCGCACCUGCCUAUGACUUGAGCGACCUCGACAAGUCCGUCGACAGCAGGCCUGUUCCCACUAUUGAGGGCCCAGAGCUUCACUCAGAGGCUUCAGAAUUGCCCACUCUACCACCUACCAUGGACGACGAGUACCUAUUUCCAGGAGUAGCUUUUGGUCGCAUGCUGUCUCCGCCCAAGACUCCUGUCGCCCAGAUGAGGAAUCUCGCCAGCUUCGAAGGACCACAGCACUGGUCCGACAUUGACAUGGCUAGCCAGAGCGAAACUUCCAGUAGGCCGACCUCCUCGUCCGGCUUUUCGGAUUCGUCUAUUUCCUCUAGAGGCAGCAUCGAGUCGUUCCCCUCCUUAGGUGGUAGCUGUACGAGUCCUGAGGAAGAGAUGGCUGAUCCAUUCACCUUCUGCUCCCCACUGAUCAAGACCCCCCAGCUCAGCUCCCCUCUUGCCACACGCCAGACCCGCCCGGCAAAGAAGAUGAAGCUGAGGGCCAGCUUCACCGAAGAAAUGGACCGCCAUCUCUGGAUGACCUACAUGAAGUAUCUGCAAGAUCCUACGGUCACGCCCUUCAAGGCCUUACCCAGCACUGUUCCGCCGAAUGGCGUGUGUCAUCGCGUGGCGCGCAUGGCCCGCAAGACCUGGAAAGGAGGUCGGCCAUCGUCAGUGGUUCCCAUUGUCCGUUCGGCAUCACGGUACGAUUCUCGCUGCGGCACGCCCGACACCAUCAAGCCCACCAAGAGCGGCAGUAGCACCCCGAUUCCAGGAAGCAGCAAGCCGUACCCUCGAUUUCCGACUGAGAAGCAGUGCCGUAAGCGACUGCGGGAUCUGGCCAAGCAGAAGCCCACACUCUCGGCGCACUACCAGCGUUUGCUCCAUCGUUCGCCAUCGCCGUUCCAAUCAUCACCACCAGCGUCGGAGUCUUCGCAAUCUCGCCCAUUGUCGUCUCCCUUCUCGCAGGGAACGUCGACUUUUGCCACGCGGGAUAUGAACGUAUCGCUUGCUGCAAGCAGCGCAGCGUCCAUGCAAUUCGGCAAUCCUUUGUCGCAGUUGGCAAGCGACGCAACCCCCCGACCUGCAGAGAACGACCGGUCGACAAUGCGAGCCUCAGCACAUCAGAAGUCACAGUCUCUUCAUAUUGGACUGGGACUUGGCCUCGGCAACAUUGUUGGAUCCUCAUUCCAGACCAUGUCGCAGAUGACCGACAUGAGCAUGAACCAGCACAACGCGCAGACGUGGCAUGCUCCGUCAGCCAACCCGCCUAGGCUUGGCUCACCUCUCAAGCUGCAUGCGCCGCGGCCCAUUUCGCGACCUUUUAAGCGCCGGGCUCUUCACAACUUCGAAGAGCAGGCCCGGAACCGAACGAAUAGCUUCAUCGAUCAGGUCUUUGGCGCCCCUGCUGAGUCCAGUCAUCGCCGUGUGCGAAGCCGUGGCUUCAGCCUGGGCGAUAUGGUCGAAGGCGCUCGACGUCUGCCGUUGUCGACCAGCGGACCGUCAGAGUUCAAUCCCUUCUCCAACGCCGGGUCUGCGAUGCAAGGACUUUCGCCGUACUCGCCUGCUGAUGCAGAAAUGCAGGGGCAGGCUACCAUUCGUCUCGGUUCGCCCUUCGGUGGCCGUCCGAGCAACACCUUCCCCCGUGCCUCCACCUCUUACGGAUUCGAGCCUCCGGCAUCCUUCGAGCAGCGUUUCGCCGGCCUACCGAGCGACCCAGCGCAUCUGCCUCACCAUUAGGAGUUUGAAGCCUUCUUUCCGGCAGCAGUUGUGCAUAGGUGUCUGAUCUUGCAUCAUCGGCGUUAGCAUCGGCAGCCUCAGAGCGCCGUCCAUUGCAU